CCCUCCCCCUCCAGCUUAUGGUGGUGGUGGUGGUGGAAAACAGGCCCAUCAUAAGCAACCUGUACGUGCGGGGGCUGCCGAGCCACGCGGACGAGCUGUUCCUUUAUCGAAGCUGUUCGCGCCCUUCGGAGCGCUGGAGGGUGUCAAGGCAGUGGUGCAGGAGCACCACGGCCACGAGGACGCCAUCGCGUACGUGAAGUUCGCGGUGGCCUCGGAUGCCGCAGCGGCCAUUGAGGCGCUAAACGAGACGACGUUGCCGGAUGGCUGCCUUAUCAAUGUUCACGUGAAGAGGCCGUCCGCGAAGGGAAAGGGCAAAGGGUAGGAUGCGCCUCAGUUGGCCUGGAACCGGCCCUGUCGUUUCCGCCGCGGCCAAUUUCGGAAUGCGCUGACCUGUGAUGCCUGGCGCCCAACAAGUUAUGUGCUUCCCCGCAUCUCCGGGGGGCAUCGUCUGUCCUCAA